AUGACGACAGAAUGGGAGAAGUACGGAUUCGCGCCGGUCAACCACCCCACCGCGUCCGGCCCGAACCCCAAGCAAGACCUCUUCAUCGCGGACGACUUCCCGCUGCCGGACACGCCCCUCGUCAAGGAGGUCCUCGCGUUCGCCAAGAAGGAGCUCGACGAGCAGACGUUCAACCACAGCAACCGCGUCUUCGUCUACGGCUCCGCGCUCGUCCGGACGCACUUCCCCGGGUGGGGGUACACCGAGUGCGCGAGCGCGGUGGAGACGUACGCGCUCUGCUGCCUGCUGCACGACAUCGGGACCGCGGAGCGCUUCCUGGCGACGACGCACAUGUCGUUCGAGUUCAAGGGCGCGAUCGUCGCGCGCGACCUCAUCCUGCAGCUGGGCGGGCCCGAGGCGGAGGCGGACAGCGUGUGCGACGCGAUCAUCCGGCACCAGGACAUAUUCGUGAAGGGAGGGAACAUCACGAUGGUGGGCCAGAUCUUGCAGCUCGCGACGAUCCUCGACAACGUUGGAAUCCGCGCGAACCUCGUCCACCCCCGGCUGAUCGAGACGACGACGGGCAAAUUCCCGCGCAAGGGCUGGUCGGAGCACUUUGCGCGAGUGAUCGAGAAGGAGCUCGGGCUGAAGCCGUGGUGCCACACGUCGACGUUCGAGGUCCCGGGCUGGGCGGCGGGCGUGCGGAGCAACUUUGCGACGGACGUGCGCGGCAACGACGUUAUGCGGCCGUUCGACUGA